CAAGACUUUAGGCUGAUAAAAUAACGCAAACCAUAAUAAUACAGACGAAAGAUGUGUAGUUUCUAUUUCAUAAUGGCGGUAUUUGUUCUUUAUUUUGAAGGGACUACUGAAAAAAGAUGUAGCGAAACGAGUUGUUGUGCUGGCUACAUGUUUGAUUCGUCCAAAAAUUGCGUUGUUUGUCCAAAUGGACUCCAUGGAUUUCAUUGUUCCGCCCCUUGUCCUCGAGGUUACUAUGGAAAACUAUGCGCACUUCAGUGUGAAUGCCCGGAUGAGUUUUGUAAUGCAACAGUUGGUUGUGUACUUAAAAAGGAAUGUCUGCCUGGUUACUCUGGUGAAAACUGUUCUACAAAUUGUCCACGGGGCUACUAUGGAAAUCAAUGCAUAAACAGAUGCGAAUGUCCUGAUGAAUUUUGUAAUGCAACGACUGGAUGUGUCAGUGAAAAAGUUUGCCCUCCAGGCUAUAUGAGAGUCAACUGUUCUACCGCUUGUCCACGCGGAUUUUAUGGAAACGAAUGUGGAGAACAUUGCAAUUGCUCUGAAGAAUUCUGCAAUGCAACAUUUGGCUGCAUUGAGGGUGAUGGUCAUAUCUAUUUUGAUGCUAUUACACUUCCCACCAUCAUUCUUACCACUGUUGGUCUCGUCAUUUUAUUUGUUCCAUUCGGCACAGUCAUUGCAUAUAAGAUGAAAAAGAAUACCGAACAUAAAAUCACGCAAACGAAGUUUAUCCCAUCAUCAACUGAGGAUGCAAGAACUUACUUUGAACUGCGCACACCGGCCAUUUCUUAACCACCUCUCUGAAGUAAUGCUUUAAUGACCAUAUCAUAUCGUCGCCCAUCUAGUCACGGAGUCACGAUUAAUAGAGAAGAGAUCAGAAAUCAAUGGAGAAAAAGCACGUCAUACUAGUAAUAUUGACCAAACCAAGUUAAGGAUACUCAAGUAGUCGGAGAUAACUGAUUUUUUAAGUUUAGGAAAUGAUUAUUUAAAUAAGGAAUGUUGAUUAUCGGUGACGCUGUCACGCAUGACGUCACAUACACUUCAACACCAUGUAAAUAUUAAGGUCAACUAACGUUUUUGUGAAGAUCAAGCCGCCGUUGGUUGAAGAAAACUUCAUACAGGCUUUAGGCCCUUACUGAAAACAACAUUGUUUAUUGUAAAAAAAAAAAAAAGGUAUAAAACAAGUGAAUGAUAUAUCAAAAUGUUGUAAAUACGUGUUGUUUUUUUUAUGCAGAAUCAAUAUGUUUGGUUGUCAUCUAAAUGGUAACUAGAAAUUAUAUCUGUGGAUACAUUAUUUUUAAAUAAAAGAUGACGAAUUAAUCUACUUUAAAUUAAAACAACCUUGUUACAACAAUUCAUGUAUCAUUAUGAGUUGUCAUUGCUCGGGUCUCGUAAUUAAGAGUAAACAUUAUUUUAUAAGUAUAUAAUAAUGCAAUAG